CAGGACGGUAGUUCUCAUAGAAUUGCCACAAUAUGACGGCAUCAGGAUCACAAUCACGAUCAGGAUGAUGUAUGAAAUGAAUGACUGAUACUCGUACUGGUUACUGUAUGAAGCACGUGCAUAUUCUGGGAUUGUGACACAGCUUUUAAUAUGAAGGAGGCAGAUUUAAGUUUAACACACAGGAAACUAACUGGAAAUAAUAACACCAGCUGAUUUUGCCACCAGGUGUCUGUCUUUCCUCGUUCACACACCUGACAACUUUCUCUCUCUCUCUCUUUUUAACACACACACACACACACACACACACACACACACUUGUUGUCAUACUCAUGACCAUCUCCCCCCCACCCUCGAAUGCAGCUGAGAGUCAGUAUGUGAAGGUAGCUGAAAUUAGUCUGUCAGGGUCUUUUCUGGUUUCUGUGCUGAUCAUGGAUUUUUCUGUCUACCUCCUGAUUCUGCUUUCUCUCCUCUCUCAGUGUACAGCUCAGUGGUGUUACCAGAGCCAGUACUCCUGUGAUGACACAUGCAGAGACCCUAUCCACUGGGCAGCUCAGUUUCCUAGCUGUGGAGGGUUACGCCAAUCACCAAUUAACAUUGUCACCAGCAAAGUGCACGUCAACAGCGCCCUGCCACCCUUCAACUUCAUCGGUCACACCAACACAAUCAACAUUACAGUUGAAAACAAAGGACACUCUGCUCACUUUGCUUUGCCGCAGUCGGUCCGACUGACUGGAGGAGCUCUGCCCGGUCACUACAGAGCCGCCCAGUUUCACUUCCACUGGGGAGGUGAUGGGAGACCAGGAUCAGAGCACACCAUCGACGGAGAGAGGUUCCCCAUGGAGCUGCAUAUAGUCCACAUCAAGGAGCCGUACGGCUCUCUGACAGAGGCAGAACAUGAUAUGGCGGGUAUAGCUCUGCUUGCUUUCCUGUUUGAGGAAUCAUCAGAUGAUCAUCCUCAUUUGGACGCAGUAAUAGAUGCUUUGGGCCGAGUACAAAACAAUGGCAGCAGCACAAUGAUCCCAAACUUCAGACUCAGUGACAUUAUCCCGUCAUCGAAGGACCUCCACAGCUACUACCGCUAUGUGGGCUCCAUGACAACUCCAGGAUGUGAGCAGGCAGUUGCCUGGACGGUGUUUCACAGGACUCUGUCCAUCAGCAGUCGACAGCUGGAUCUAAUAGUUCAGCAGUGCCGAUUCUGGACGGGACAACCCAUGACUGACAUCUUCAGACCUACGCAGCCUCUGGAUGGCAGAGUCGUGUACCGGUCCAAGGCGAGUGCACUUCUGACAAGCGGGAUCCACCUUUGGUUCAAUGUUUUCUCAGUUGUGCUCGGGACAACGUGUCUGAUACACUGACCCAGCACAUGAAAACACCUAAUUUAAGUGACAAAAGCUACUGUAUGUAUAAAGGCAACUUUUACCUGUGUGAUAGUGAAACAACAAUCUGUUAAUCAUGUUUAUGGUUAUUCAUUCAACAAAAUGUCACCUGCAUUUGCACAUAAAAUACGGCCCUAAAUCCAUCAUGAUUGCUGUGACAGUAAGAGAAGAAGUUAUAGUGCAAAGUGACUGUUGAGCUCACCCCAUCUGGAUAGCACUCAGUCUCUGUGUGAGUUUAAGGAGUAGGGUCUUUACCUCAGCAGGCCUUUAACUUCCCACAUUUUUGUUGUCAUUAGGAGUCAAUAUGUUAAUUUUGCACACUAUGGCUUUAUAUUAACUCAAAUCUGCUUUUCCUUAAAUGCGUUUUUUCAGUGAGAUAGAAGUGUGAUGAAUAAGAAGUGUAGAUUUAGGGGUAUACAGUAAGUUUUUUUUCUUUCUGACAGUUAAUAGCUGAGGGACUCGUUUCCUAAAUGUACUGUACACUUGUUUGUGGGAAAACCAGAUGAGUUCUAAAUGUGCAUAAAUGCCAGUGAUUCUCAGCCAGAGUAACAACUUCCUCUCUUUUCCUGCUUAUGAUAUGAUAUGAGUCUCUUUAAAGGGAUAGUUUGGG